UGGUUCUACAUAAUAGAUUUCAACUCGCCUAAUUUUCUCACGUUGUACAUAAGUAUCAUUUCCUAAUUUAAAGCUACAUUUUCAUUGAUUGAAAAAUUCGGCAUACGUAAUCCGUUAACAGAGGUUUCAUUGUUAAAAAACAAGUUAUUUUAUCAUUAACCAUGGUGUAAUUCAAGUGCUCACACUUCAUUAGGUAUCAUUUGAUUAAGACGAAAGAGAAACCCGUGCUGUUUCAAUUAAAUGUUCAUUACAGACAGUUAUAAGGAGUGCUGCUAAUUGAAAACAUUGUUUUAGAAAACGGAUUAAAAACUAUACAAGUAACUCAAUUUAAUGUACAGCUCUGUGCCAAAAUGAAAACCGAUUUCAAGAAAAUUCUCAUAGGAUUACAUUAUGUAUUUAUUUUUGGAUUUCUGGAAGUUUCAUGUGAAUUUGGGUAUAUGUUGACUUUCCCUCAAACAUUACAAAUCGGAGCGGGUGAAAAAUUUUGUCUUCAACUCUACAAUAUCUCACAAUCCGUCGAUCUUUAUUUAAAUAUAUCGUGCUAUGGAAGGUCAGUGCAACACCACCCAAAGACAUUUACAGCAGGACAGUCUAAUUGCUUUGUGUGGAGACUUCCACAUUCCAUAACUGCAGGAUCGUGCAACAUUGAGGUCAAAGGAGAGGAUGGGAAGAAAGAUGGCUAUGUGUUCACACAAAGCAAGGAGAUCCAGAUUGUGGAUACACACCAGAUCACAUUUAUUCAGACAGAUAAACCUGUGUAUAAACCUACAGAUAGAGUGAAAUUUCGCAUACUUACUGUCACUCAAGAUCUAAAACCAUUAAAAGAAAAAAUAGAUAGUGUUAUAAUUCAUGAUCCAAAUGAUUUUUACAUGAGACAAUGGUUGGAUGUACAACCAGAAGCAGGAUUGGUGAGUUUAGAAUACAGGUUAUAUGAUGAACCUGUUUUAGGUGACUGGAAAAUUGUUGCUGUUGUGAAUGGCAGGAAGACAGAGCAGUCAUUCAGUGUUCAGCAGUAUGUUCUGCCAAAAUUUCAAGUGUACAUGAAAUUACCUCAGACCUUGACAGUAGAUACAAAACAAUUACAGUUUGAAGUAUGUGCCAGGUAUACUUUUGGCAAGCCUGUGACAGGAAGUGUUAAUGCUUCAGUAUGCCUGGAGAACACAGAGACAAAUUGGUUCUGUGAGAAUCGUCUACGACCAUGUGCUUACAUCAAGUCAAAGAUGGAUGGUUGUCACAAUUUUACAGUGGAGACAAAGACAUUGAAGAUAAAAGAAAGACAGUUCUCUUUGUUAUGUAAACCAAAACUAGUGGUUCAUGCCAAUGUUACAGAAAAGGAAACAGGAACUGUUGUAGAAGAGAGUCAACAAGGUGUUGGUGUCUGGGAGGAAAGAGUAAAACUAAAGUUUAUCUCCCAGAAAUAUUUCAAACCAUAUUUUCCAUACAUAGGGAAGAUAUAUGCCUGGAAUCCAGACGGUUCCCCUGCUGAAGGAGAAACAUUAACAUUGACAGUAGGCAAGCUGGGAAUCAUCGCCACCCUGUACACAGAUAAAACAGGUCAUGCUGAAUUCAACAUACAGAAUCUCACACAUUCAACGCCUUAUUUUGUACUUAAUGCAAAGACUGAAGACAGUGACUAUACAAAUAAGAAAUACUACACUAUAUUCCCAGCAACAGCAAAGAAACAUGUGAAACAGUGGUAUUCCCCAUCCUCCAGUUAUGUUAGACUGUCAACUGGAGAUCAAGGAGAGAGACGAUGUGGCGAGACAAUUACCAUCGACGUGGUCCACUCCCUCAUGUCUGAUGUUGACAUACACAGUGUCACUGCCCAGGUAAUGUCUAAAGGAAAUAUCAUAGAAAGCAAUGAUAUAACAGAAGACAUGAGGCGAAGUUCUCCAUAUUUACCCUACUUUAACGGUCCUGUGUUUACACCAAGAAUUAACCAAGGAAGUCCUCGAAUACUUGAUGAUGAUGAUGAAGAUAACGUGAUCCAACCUGGGGCUUUAUCAGAUAUUGAAGGAUAUGUGGCAGGACCUCCAGGUGGUGGGAACCUCAUUAGGGGACCUCCUGGUUUUGGGAGCCAGGCAGCCGGGUCCCCAGGAUCCGGGAGUCAGGCAGCAGGGCCUCCAGGUUCAAAAAGAGAUAGUAAUCCUGCAGUUCCAGAAUCUAUUGGAGAUGUGGCCCAUGAUUUGGUUGCUACGGCUAUCAAGGGUACUCCGAGCUCAGUUUACCUAAAAUGGAAACCACCUCAGAAGGUAGAUAGAGGUUAUUUAGUAUUUUACACAACUGACCCAAGCCAAGUGGACUUGUAUUGGACGGUAGAUGCUGUCUUGGCAAAUAAAACAUCUAUAACAAUAUCAAAACUGAUGGUGGACACAACUUAUUACUUUAAAGUUCAGGCCUUGGAUAAGAGUGGCUAUGGACCCAUGUCAUCUACACUGACUUUCAAAACUCCUAUAGGCAAAGAAAAUGGCGAUUCUUCAACAGUUCCAGAGAUGUCCCCACCCACAUUACGUCACUUCAGUUUUCGUCAGUAUAUAUCUGGAGACAUGGCCCCUAAAUUGAGAAUUCUGGUGUAUAUGAUAACUAGUAACAGAGAGACUGUAGCUGAUACUAUAGAUAUUAAUGUCGCCCAGUGCUAUAACAACCAGGUCAAUGUAACAUUUGGAGAGAAGACUGUUCGGCCCGGUGACAAGGUGGAAAUGACUUUGAAAGCAAGUCCUGGCUCUCUGUGUUCAGCUGGUAUGGUGGACAAGAGUGUAUACCUACAUGGCGGUUUAAACCUACUGCAAACCUCUGAUGUAGAUAAAAAACUGAAGGAGUAUGAUCUAACAUCAGAUUUUAUCAGUGAUUGGCAGUACUGUUCUAUUCUCUCAGAACUUCCACCUGAUAUGACAUUUCCAGGUGCAGAGAACAUUCCAAUAGGGCAUCCAGGUUAUGAUGAUUCCACAGACUUUAUUCAAGGACCAUUCAGAAGGAAGAAGAGAUCCAUUAUGCAAUAUUACAGUAAUAUGUAUGAUGCUCUCCUAGCAUUCAAGGUUGCUGGGUUAGAGGUGAUGACCAACCUUGAUCUACAGACCAGACCUUGUUUACAUGAUGGAGAUAUUCUAGGACCACCGUAUCAACCCGGAGAUCCCCGGGGACCAAUUCCAGGUCCGGGGGGAAAACUAGAAGGAUUUGAGCCUACAGAAGAACCGGAGGAUAAUAAAGACCUGGUUUCCAGUAUACGUAAAAACUUCCCUGAUACCUGGCUAUGGGAUAUGUACGAGGUUCCGUCAAGUGGCUCCAUGGUAAUUUCGGAGACAAUCCCUGAUACAAUAACUGAGUGGAUGGGAAAUACUGUGUGUACAAAUGAGAACACUGGUCUUGGUGUAUCAGAGAUUUCCAAGAUAACAACUUUCCAACCAUUCUUUAUCAAUGUAAAAUUACCAUACUCUGUUAUACGUGGAGAAAUUCUCAAUGUGGAUGUCAUGGUGUUUAACUAUCUACCACAUUGUACUGCAAUUCAAAUAACAGUGGAUGAGAGUGACAACUAUAGUUUGCUAAAUGAGAAUGUAGGUCAGAUGUGUAUAUGUAGUCAGCAGUCCAAAUCUCACUCCUUCAAAAUCAAGCCUACAGCUCUUGGUAAAAUAAGCAUUACAUUCACUGCAUUCCUUAGAGAGCACAGGGUGUCUUGUUACAGAAUAGAGAGACCGGCAAACUACAAUAAUAAGUUGGUGACAGAAACAGUUGUCAAACAGCUCCUAGUUCAGGCAGAGGGCAUACAAGAGGAAUCAACCAGAUCACAGUUUGUAUGUCCACAAGAUUCUACAGAUGGUUUUCAGAAGACUAUAAAAGCAGACAUACCUGAUAGUGAUAUUCUGAUACCUGGUUCUCUCCGAGGCUGGUUCAGUGUUAUUGGAGAUAUAAUGGGUCCUGUAUUGAGUGGUUUAGAGGAUUUAAUCCUGAUACCAACUGGCUGUGGUGAGCAGAACAUGAUUCGACUGGCACCAAAUGUUGCUAUACUCCGAUAUCUCUCUAUGACCAACCAACUCACAGAUGACCUUGAAAUUAAAACAGUAGACCAUCUCAAUAAAGGGUACCAGCAACAACUGACAUUCAUGCAUAAAGAUGGUUCCUACAGUGCAUUUGGUGAUGGUGAUGAUCAUGGUAGCACAUGGCUCAGUGCCUUUGUGUUCAAGACCUUACAGCAGGCAGUAGACUAUAUUUACAUAGACAGAAAACAGAUCCAAACUAAAACCUGGGAGUUUCUAAUCAAUAAACAGGGUGUGGACGGCUGCUUUAUAGAGGAAGGGAAGGUACUCAGUAAAUACAUGAUGGGUGGGGUAAUAGGUAGUAAAAGUGAUAAGAAGAGGGCUCUUACAGCUUAUGUACUUGUCUCCAUGCUGGAAUCCUUCAAAAUGAUGAGAGAGAGAACACCGGACACAGUUGUAGCCCUGCAAGCAUUGUCAUUGUUUGCUGAGCGUAUCUAUGGUGGUGGACUUAAUGUCAAUGUUAACAUUGUGGAUGACAACAUAUACUCCAAGGAUGUUAGUGUGACACAUAAAAACAGUAUUAUCCUGCAACAAUUUGACCUUGACAAUCCAAGGUCAGAUCUACAUAUCACUGCUAAAGGAGAGGGAUGUGUACUACUACAGACAACCUAUAGAUAUAAUUUGGAAAGAAAGCAAAAAGCUGAUGAGGUAUUUAAGUUGUCAGUGUCAACACCAGUUAGAAGAGAAGCCAUUGAUAAUAACUGUCGACAGAGAACUGUCAAAGUUUGUGCAAGUUACCAUGGAGAAGAUGAAAUGAGUAACAUGGUUGUUAUAGAAGUAAAACUGGCCAGUGGUUGGAUACCUGAGUUAAUAUUGCAACAGUUGUUUUUUGAAUAUUUAAAAGUAUAA